CCACAAAACUCAAGAAGAAGAAGAAGAAGAAGUUUAAGCAGCGUUUGUGUUUGUUAGCGUUUCGUAUUCUUCAUAUAUUUUUCUGCAGGUUUUUUUGACCACGUGAAUGUUUAUCUGCAGUUCGUUUGAUUUAUAAAUGUAGUAAACUGAAAGCGGUUUUUUAAAAAAAAAAAAAAGAUUUUAACGUCAAAAUCUAGAAAAUGGCAUCUAAAUCUUUUUCUGAGGAGGAUUUUUCUUGUCCUGUGUGCUGUGAUAUUUUUACAAAUCCUGUUGUGUUGUCUUGUAGUCACAGUAUCUGUAAAGACUGUAUUGAGAGAUUCUGGGAGAAUAAAGGAUUUCAAGAAUGUCCAGUUUGCAGAAAACGAUCUUUAAGGGAUGAACCUCCAAUAAAUUUAGCUUUGAAGAAACUGUGUGAGACUUUCUUAAAGGAGAGAAGUCAGAGAUCUUCAUCAGUUUGUCAUCUUCACAAUGAGAAACUCAAACUCUUCUGUCUGGAUGAUCAACAGCCGGUGUGUUUGGUUUGUCGAGACUCCAGAACUCACAACAACCACAAAUUCUGUCCUGUCAAUGAAGCUGUCAUUGAUAAUAAGGAGAAACUCAAAACUGCAUUAAAACCCUUACAGGAGAAACUGGAAAUAUUUGAGGAGUUAAAGAAAACUUUGGAUGAAACUGCAGAACAUAUAAAGAUUCAGGGUAGACGCACAGCGGCACAGAUUCAUGGAGAGUUUGAGAAACUUCACCAACUUCUACAUGAUGAAGAAUCAGUCAGAAUAACAGCACUGAGAGAGGAAGAGGAGCAGAAGAGUCAGAUGAUGAAGGAGAAGAUUGAGAAGAUGAGCAGUGAGAUUUCAUCUCUUUCACACACAAUCAGAGUCAUAGAGAAGCAGAUGACAGCUGAAGAUGUUUCAUUCCUACAGGACUUUAAGAGCACAAUGGAGAGAGUUCAGUGUAGAACGUCAGAUCCAGAGGACAUCUCAGGAAUGAUGAUCAAUGUAGCAAAACAUCUCAGCAACCUGAAGUUUACUGUCAUACACAAGAUGAAGGAGAAAGUUGAAUACAUUCCAGUGACUUUGGACCCAAACACUGCUUAUAUGGAUCAACUUCUGUCUGAUGAUCUGACCAGUGUGAGAGUCAACGAAGAUCCUGUGAUGCUUCCUGAUAAUCCAGAGAGAUUUGAUGAGUAUUCAUGUGUUUUGGGUUCAGAGAGCUUUAACUCAGGGAUUCACUGCUGGGAUGUUCAGGUUGGAGACAACACAGACUGGCGUCUGGGUGUGAUGACAGAAUCUGCAGAGAGAAAGGAAAGGAUAAUUUAUAAGAGUGGAAUCUGGUGUGUGUGGUAUUACACUGGUAAAUACUUUGCAGUCAUUACACCACUGGAAAAAUCUUAUAUUCUCCCUGUGAAAGUGAAACUGGAGAGAAUCAGAGUUGAGUUGGAUUGUGACAGAGGAAGACUGUCAUUCUCUGAUCCUCUCACUAACACACACAUAUACACUUUUCCACGCACAUUUACUGAAAGAGUUUAUCCAUGGUUCAGUGUUGACUGUAAUAUUUCUCCUCUGGUGAUCUUACCGGUAAAAUCCUCUUGAUGAACUGAUCAUCUGACUUACAAUUCAAGUUUGCAUUUGUAAAUCACUCUUCACAACACCUAUUGUUUCAAAGAUGCUUUUACAAAAAAUGCUUAUGUCAGAAAAAGUUUUGAGAUUGUAUAUACUGUAAAUUAUAUUGUUUACAAUUAUAAGCAAAAUUAAUGUGUAUUAUAGCAAUGAUAGGUGAUAAGUAAAGUACAUUAUAUAUGUAAUAUUUGACAGUUUUUCAUGAUAAUCCAGUAUUGUGCCAACCCCUAAAAAGUAUGACGAUCGAAUAUCCUCAGCUGUGGCAUGCUGUGAAAUGACUACUUCUUCCUUUCUCAUCUGUGUUUUUAAAACUGACUGAAUUGAAUAAAAACAUGGUGUCCAGAUGAAGGGCGAGGAUGACAUCAGGCUUACACUGUCUGCAGGCAUUUGCUUUCAAACGAAACACAAGUGUAGGCCAAAAACCAAAUCAUUCUUGUGGCAUUAGUGUUAAUAAAUGUGUUUUGACUUCAA